AUGAAUGACGCUUUCGAUUACUACUACCAGCAUCUGUUCCUUCUGACGAAACAAUCGUCGUCCUCGAGUUCGCCGUCCCCGAACUCGGCGGUCCGCACGUUCGUCGAGGGCCAGGAGGACCUAGACGCGAUCGCGAAGCAGAUCUCGGACCACGCGGAAGCGAUCUACCAGACGUGGAAGGCGCGGGGUCUCGCGCCGACCGAGAUCCUCAACUGCCACACCGGCGACGGUGAGCAUGCCUUCAGCCAGGCACUAAACCCUGCCAACAGCUCACCACCCGCGGGUGGCUCGUCGCCGGUAGGAGGCCCCACCAGCGGCGCCGGAGUCACCGGUGGCCCCAGCCACGCUUCCUCGCCGCCGGGGGCCGGUGUCGCGGAACUGCUCGCCAAGGCACCGAACCUCUCGAACAACAGCCUCGAGCAGCUGGUCAGUUCGUUCGUGAGCGAGGACAAGGCGCGCAUCGCCGCCCAGCGCCAGCAGCAGCAGCGAGGUGGUGGCAUCCAUCGCCCGACGCCCUCCGCCGGUGCCAGUUCCGCCGUCAAGAGUGUGCUCCAGAAGUUCGAACGAAAUGGUGGUCCGGAACCACCGGCAGUGAGUGGCGCGGGGACGCCCGUAGGAGGCUACCUGCGGCCCAGUGGGCCAGUGGUGACGAACAACAACAACAACAACAACUUCAGUACACUCAACCAGAACAGCAACAACAACGUGGUGGUCGUGGUGCCGGACGUGCUGCGGGACACGCUCGCGGAACCGAAGGCGGCGGCGGUGGUGCGCGAAAAGCCACAAACGCCCGUGAAACCGGAACACCUGCUGAACCAUGUGCCGAGCUGGCCGUUGAAGAAUCGUGUCGUGAAAACGAAAGCGGGCUCACCGGUGAGCAGCGGUUGUGCCGGUGGUGCGGUGGCAAUCGUCCACAAGAACACCGCGGAGCUGAUGGACGAAGUGUCCCGGGAGGAGGAACGGUUGAUAAACGCGCUCAAAACGGGAACCGUGCUGAACAGUAGUGAUUGCAUUCUGCCGGAGGUGAUCACCUCCACGCUGCCCGAUCGGGACGUCCCAGACUACGCAGCGGCCACAGCAGGACUCAGUGGUGGUGGAGGUGUCCUUAGUGUCAGUUACGGUUCACAGCCCGCCACAAUGGUGACCGCCGCCGCGUUAGCGACCCCCGUCGGGGGGCCACUCGCGUUGGCCAACGGCAACGGGAUCGCAAUGAACGGCAACGGUACGGCAAACGGGAACGGGAUCGUCAAUGGGGGAGGUGGUCACAGCAAUGGUGCCGAGACGCCCAGCGUCAAGCACUGGAACGGGGUGCCGAUGAAGCCGAACCACAUCCCGAUCCUCAACAUACAUCAGAUCCGCGAGCAGGAGAAACUGUCGAUGAACUUUACGCGCAACGUGGCCACGACGCGGCUCCCGAAGGACUUUGGGCGCUCCGGCGGGGGCGACGAUGCGGACAAGAAGAACGCCAUGCAGCCGAAGACGAUCCCGAGCCCGAUUCGGCCGUUCCUGUCGCGGGGUUCGGUCGCCGAGCGGGUGCUGAUCUUCGAGAAGUGCCCCGAAAAGGCACCGCCACGGGAACGGGCGAAGGAACCGGUCAAACUGCAGUCGAAACCUGUCAACCGGCUGAUACCGCCCAACAUCCAUACGACGCUUCAGCGGCACCUGAAAAACUCGACCAAGGCACCCUACAUACCGCAAUUCCACUUCCCGAAUGGCAAACCACCGGCAACGAUUACGACGGAAACGACGAUGCAACGGUUGGAGCAGGUUUUCGACAGUCUGCCAAGCUACGAGUGCAGUCGAGAGAAGUUCCACAUGAUCGUCACCAUGUGCCAGGUGCCCCUGUACUGGCGCUUGCCACUGUUCAUGUGCACCCAGCUAACGCCGAACGGUGCCGUUGAUGGGGAUAAAUUCCUGCAAUUUUGGCGACAGAUGACAUCAUCCUGCCACGAUGCGGCUUCGCGCUUCGUUUACAUAAUGUCGCGGGGUGAUCGCACGCGACCGUACAUCCUGCCGGAAGACUUUGCCCCGCUCAUACAGGACGUGGUCGAUACGCACCCGGGGCUGGCGUUCCUGAAGGAGGCAGCCGAGUUCCAUUCGCGGUACGUGCACACGGUAAUAGCGCGGAUCUAUUACAGCGUCAAUCGCAGCUGGACCGGCAAGAUCACCACGGCGGAGCUGCGCAAAUCGAACCUGCUCGACGUGAUCCAGCUGUUGGAGGAGGAGGAGGACAUCAAUCAGAUCAUGGCGUACUUCAGCUACGAGCACUUCUACGUGAUUUACUGCAAAUUUUGGGAGCUGGACCGUGACCAUGAUCUGUACAUCGAUCAGCAGGAUCUGGCCAGACACAACGAUCACGCACUAUCGUCGCGCAUGAUUGAACGUAUCUUCUCCGGCUGCGUAACGCGAAGUCCACGGCGUGGCAACAACAACCCGAUGAUCCAGGGUCCGAACGGGCCAAAGAUGUCGUACACCGAUUUCGUGUGGUUCCUGCUGGCGGAGGAAGACAAAUCGCAUCCGACGGCCAUCGAGUACUGGUUCCGCUGCAUGGACGUUGACGGCGAUGGCGCUCUGUCCAUGUACGAGCUGGAGUACUUCUACGAGGAGCAACAGCACCGCAUGGAGUCCCUCGGCAUCGAAACGCUUCCAUUCGAGGACUGCCUUUGUCAGAUGUUGGAUAUGCUCAAGCCGGCCACGCCUGGCUGUGUAACGUUGGCCGAUCUAAAGCGGUGCAAGAUGACGCCCAUCUUCUUCGAUACCUUCUUCAAUCUGGAGAAAUAUAUGGAGCACGAGCAGCGUGAUCCAUUUGCCCAGCGUGAAAAUGAUGAUCUAUCCGAUUGGGAUCGUUAUGCCGCGCAGGAGUAUGAACUACUGGUGGCCGAGGAGGGAGGAGACACGCAAGGGAAAAACGAUGACGACAGUGACGACAGCGACAGCGAAAAGAUCAGCCUGAGGAUUAGCUGGCGCGAACGAUACUUACGAAAGCGACGCAAUAAGAAGAAGCGCCGCUAGACGCUAGGUGUCUUCCAUCGUUCCAUCGAUCCCUAGGCAACCGUUUCCCUCUGGCCCCAAUGCCCUCUCCUACAGAAUCCUUCCCCUCAUGCUCCUAGCGACUGGUGUGUCCAUUGUCAUUGAUCCUGGACUGUAUACGGUAAAGGCACAUUGCGAAGACUUUGUGAUGUGUAAACUGUCCAACUGAUUGUGUUUGAUAAAGGCAAUGCCGAAGUACUGUGACAACGGCACCGUUAGAAGGUAGAGUGCAUGUGAAGUAUGCGUACACUGUAUGUAGAAGGAUUAGUUUUAUAAUCAACUCAAACGGAAUGCUAACACAAAACCAACAGAAUAUUGUAACUGAAUGGAUGAAAGGUACGGUGACGGUGUGAGAAACGAAACAACUUUUACCGGACUCUCUCAAUAUUUGUAAACUUAUACUACGUAGACCGUCGAACAAAAGCGUCAAACUGUAACGUAUUGUAACUGUUUCAUUAAAACGUGGAAAGAGACUGAGAGCAACUGUAAACACAAGAAAAAAAAACAACAAAAGGAAUUCAUAUGAUAACGUUUUAGGGAAUCAAAAUAAUGUGUAAGAAUAAACAUAAGCCAGGCGGAUUGUGGGGGUCUCCUCGUGCAUGUCGUCGAAAUCGAGAUGGACCUAUGGAAUCGUAUGACCGAAGCGAAACCUAAUGCAUAAAGUAAAAUAACCUUAGGCGACGACGUUUGCGCGAACGACAUUUUGUCAGCUGAAAUCGAUCGAAAGCCGUGUUGUGCAGUUGAUCGUAAAAUGUAAAACACAACAAGUGAAUCUUAAAGUAAGUGCUCCGCAAUUUUGAAAAUGGUGUAUGAUCUAAAAUGUUGCUGGCGACCAGCAAAUAGUGGAUGUACAAGAAGCGCAUAUCUGUUACUAUUUUAGUUGUACAAUCGCCAUCUAGUCCAGUUACUAUUGUGCUACGGUUUUGCAUGGACGCUGAAUCCAUCGACAUGAAUAGUUGUUUUUAAGAGGAGCAAAACGUAAAUCAUACAACCAAAUGACCGCCAUGUAGCUCGAAUGGCAAGAUGGUCAAUCCUCGAUGUGAACGGCAACCGUGGAAAUAUGCCAGCUUUCAUUAGUAAAGUAUUGAUUAGAACAAUUAUGAAUGUUUUAUAACUGUAUCCAAACGAAUCUAAGUGUUUCUAUCUCCUCACUGUAAGCAGUGGCGAAUGCCAUGGAAGGCGUUAUUGAUACAGGGGGAGAUUUCUACGUUUCUCCGUUUUCUUUCGGAGGAAUGUUUCACUGUUAAGUUUUAUCUGCGUUGUCUAGCAGGAAGGCCGAAGACAGAUACGAUCCUGGCAGGGUUUCGAUCUGUCACGCCCGAGCCCGCGCUGGCCAUCAUUAGGAUUUAACCUUACUCUCUUCCCUUUCGCAUAGUCUACAUCAUGAGCUUACUCACCAUACCUUUUAUCCUACCUAUCUACCAUUUACAUAAGUUGAUUGUUAAACUACAACUGUUUUCCUCCUAUGAAGAUCAUCGGCACUAAAUCAAAAGAAUUUCGGUUUUCUGUUUUUAAACUCGGAAACUCAGAAAGAGCUGUCCUCUUCAAUCGGAACAAACUAUUAGCGGGCAUAGUUUGUUUAACCGCUCCUUCAGAAAUAGAGGUCCGUAUAAUCGCCGAAAAGAUAUGCGGCUUUCUGCUCUAUGAUUGCAGACAAAAAAAUGACACCACUCAUUAUGAUUCCAGAGAGAAUGCUGGAAGCUUUAAUAUACUGACGAUGAUAUGACUAAAACCAAUUUGAAAUAAAUUUGACAAAAAAACUUAAAUUGCAGAAGAAUUAUUCGUGUGUAACAAGUGUCAAAAACUGUAUGAAAAUAAUAAUUACGCAAACACAACACUUAUUUAAUCGCAUGUAACGCCGAUCGAAGAAUAACCGAAUUUCCUUUGAGCCGCCAACAUACAAGUGCACAGUCAUGAUGCGUCAACGUUGGCUAGAUAAGUUGAACAUGAACCAAACAGCCAGGACGAUUUCUCAGAAGCAUGAUGCAAAAAGAAGGACAAACUAUGAUAAUAAGUGAUCGGGAGGAUUUUAGCUAGUGUAACGAAACGAGAAAAGGAGAGAAAGAAGAAGAAGCGAACGGAUCAACGUUCCGUAUUUUUUCCGCCUGGCUUCAUUGUACCAUGACGGCAAGCGUUAGCGUAGGAUAUUUUAGUUUAUCAUAUUUAUUUUGCGUUUGAAAAGAAACCAGCAAUGGAGAGAGAGCCCCUAAAGGAACUACCAUCUGCUAGGUACAGUGUGGUAGCAGCAGUAGUGGUAGGAUGAAUUGUUAAACCCAAUCGAUGGAGGUUCCUUUCACGAAAGUGUCAGCGAGUGGGAACCGAAUGAAGUAUAAAAGGAUGUGGACAACUUUCGUCCAUCGGUUUGGAUAAGCUGUGUUUUUUUUAAUGGAAUGAUUACCUAAUUGUUUGUUUUUUAUUUAGACAUUUUGUUUGUUUAGUUGUUCGAUUUUUCUUAUUUAUAACACGCGCCAACAUCAGCGCAAAUGCCAACCAAUCAACAAACUUUUCUUUAUACUUAAACAAUAACUAGCUGUAGAGAGCGAAAGAGAAGGGUGAACGAAAAAGUGAAACAAGAUAUUUGACGGAGGAAUAAAGUAAAACUGUCGCUGAAAAAGAAUGAAUUGAAAUGUGAAGCAACUCUGGGAAGAAAGGAUCAUUGUAACAGAAAUGAAGGAAAAAAAUGAACCGGAAGUUAAUGACCGGUCUGUGUAAAAUUGGUCGAUAAAUUAUUAAUCGAAAUGUAUAAA